AUGGCAAGCAUUCUGAAACAAGCUCCUUUUUCGCCAGUCGUCACCGGUGCCGCCCUGCUGGUCCUGCUCAAAGGUCCAGAGUCCAUACAACGACCAGUCUACGAGUACCUACACCAAAUCCUGAAGCCUCACAACAUCGAGCGUCUGAUCACUACCCUGAAAUGGCUGUUUGCUUGUGGCUUGAUCAAGAAUGUCAACGAAGCAUUCAACCAGUUUGCUCGCAACAACUUCUCCCUUCGCUCCAGCAAGGCAGACUGGGACUGGAACAAUGAGAUUGCUGUUGUCACUGGAAGUUCCUCAGGCUUUGGAGCUCUGUUCUCUAAGGAUCUCUCAGACAAGGGCAUUCAUGUCGUAGCCAUCGAUGUCAACCCUCUGCCCAAACACCUGGAAAACAACCCCAAGAUCACCUUCUUCAAGUGCGAUGUCACCGACGUCGAGGCCGUCAAUGCCGUCGCCGAAGAAACAAAGUCAAAAAUUGGUCAUCCAUCCAUCUUGAUCAACAACGCAGGCAUCGGUGGCCAAAGAACGAUCCUCAAAACCACUCCUGCGCAGCUUCAAAAACUUAUGGGUGUAAACAUCAUAUCGCACUACUACACCGUACAAGCCUUCCUUCCGGAUAUGCUCGCCAAGAGAAAGGGACAUAUCGUUUCCAUAGCCAGCAUGGCUUCCUUCUUCACCACUCCCGGCAUAACAGAUUACUCGUGCUCCAAAGCCGCCGUUCUAGCCUUCAACGAAGGUCUCAGCACCGAAUUGCGCACCAUCCACCGCUGCCCGGAGAUAAAAACCACAGUCGUGCAUCCCUUCUUCGCAGACACUCCCAUCAUCGCAGCAGGAAAAGCCGAACUCCAAAAAGCUGGUGCUAAGAUUUUGGAUCCACAAGAUGUUAGUGAUGCAGUGGUGGAUCAGAUUUUGAAUGCAAGGAGUGGUCAGAUUCUGUUGAGUAAUGGCUUUGGACCUGCCUUGAGGGCCUUCAGAGGUCUGCCUUGGUGGUUGCAGGAGGGUCUCAAGAGACUGACUGAGAGUGAUUUGUCGCGUUACGACAAGAAGUAA